AUGAAUACUCAAGAAUGUUCAUCUACAAAAGAUACACCAUUUCGUCUUGUUUUUGGUCAAAAUCCUGCGGGUGAUUGUCAAUUAAUUGAUCUACUUUAUAAAGCAGAAAUUGAUAAUGAAGAUAAUAUUCCUGAAGAAGAUAUUGAAAUUGUAGUUAAUUCACUUUCUGAAUAUGAAGAAUCAGAUCAAAACUGUGAUGAAAAUAAUAUACAG